CAUGCUGUCACGGGGUUAUAUCGAUUAUCGUUAAUAGUGUGCUAAAUGUCUACCUUGAACAUACAGCAGCUUGGUCUCACAGAUGAGCCUGUGUGUUACUGUAGCUAGUGCAACAUUUCUUCAGAAUCACGCCAUUUAGAUGCUAACCUACAGUUAUGUGUCUGAUAAACACAAACAGUAGCACAUGUGUAGGCUCUCUGCAGAUGCAUUUAAUGUUCAUUCAUUGCUCUUUCAGCAGCACAUAGAACUGAAAAUGUCAGCUCGGGGGGCCCCGGCCCCGGCCACGUCCCCUGUGGCUCCUGAUCCGCCGGACAUGCCAGACCUGAGCCACCUCACUGAGGAGGAGAGGAAGAUCAUACUUUCGGUCAUGGACAGACAGAAGAAAGAGGAGGAGAAGGAGCAGUCCACACUGAAGGAAGCUCCUUCAGAAGACACAAAGCCUCAUCCAGCUCAGUGGAACCCUUUCAGUGGCAUCACUGAGCUGGUUAGUAAUGUUCUUCAGCCCCAGUCAAAGUCCCCCAGUGAAGAGGAUCCGAAGCCGAAGUUGCACCAGCAGUUUAAGAUGUACAAGGACCAGGUGAAGAAGAUCGGUGAUGAGGCUCCGAAGAACCCGGAGCAGAAGGGAGAUUCGCCCACCUGUGGGAUCUGCCACAAAACCAAGUUUGCCGAUGGCUGCGGCCACGUCUGUUCUUAUUGCCAAACUAAGUUCUGCGCUCGCUGUGGAGGACGAGUCUCCCUCCGCUCCAACAAAGUAAUGUGGGUAUGCAACUUGUGCCGAAAACAACAAGAAAUCCUCACCAAGUCUGGAGCAUGGUUCUACAGUGGUCCUGAGGGCUCCAGGUCAGGGCCGCAAGCCAAAGUAAGGAGAGGCCCAGCAGGAGCAAACCAGGACCCUCUCAGAAACGGUUCAGGGAUCCCCACAGACAGAAACAGAAGCCCAUCAGCAUCCAGGGACCCAAACGCGGCAUAUAACCAAAGGGAGGGGGAAGGAGGAUUGCAGUAUGCCCCGGCUGAAGGUGGCAUGCCCCGCUCUCCGUCCGACUACGGACGUGACCCUGGCCGUUCGCCAAGGAGUUCAAGAAUGUAUAACGAAGUGGGUGACUAUCAAGACAGUCGAGGACGCUGGCACUCACAAGGCCAGCAUUUGGAUGGCCAGUUAGAUGACUAUGAACUCCAGAGGCGGCGUGAGGAGGAAUACCAGGCCCGAUACCGUAGUGAUCCCAACCUGGCUCGCUACCCUAUUAAACCCCAACCGUAUGAGGAGCAGAUGCGCAUCCAUGCACAGGUGUCACGGGCUCGUCACGAGCGACGUCAUAGUGAUGUUUCACUUGCCUACACAGAACUCGAUGAGCCUCUGCAUGGCCCCGGUGGCCGGCAGUCGCGACUCCCUCUUUUGGGAGGCCCAAGUCAACGAUCGUACUCUGUUGACAGGAGCUCACCGGGACAUCGGAUGUCAAAUCAUAGCCCACCCACACCACACCGUAGCCCUGUACUAGGUGAUAGUCGACGAGGACUGGCAGAGCCAACAAGGAAACCCAUACCCCAACAGCACCACUUGGACCCUAGCUCAGCCAUGCGCAGGAAUAAACGGGACAAAAUGGAUAACAUGUUGCGAAAUGACUCGUUAAGCUCGGAUCAGUCCGAGUCAGUUCGGCCUCCUCCACCUCGACCCCACCGCAGCAAACGCCUUGGCAAGCUCAGAACCAUGGGCAGCUUUAGCAGCUCAGAGGAAGAGCUAGCCACCACGCCAGAGUACACCAGCUGUGAGGAUGUGGAGCUGGAGAGUGAAUCCAUCAGUGAAAAAGGCAACAUUCAAAGGGGAAAAAGAAAAACAAAUGAGCAGGCAUAUUUUUUGGACACCAGUUAUGCCCCGUCUGAGAGGCAAAAUACAGUGGUGCGAUUUUGGGAGGGCUCCCAUGAAGAAGACGCGGAGUGGUGCGAGCCGCAGGUCAAAGAUUCAGGGGUUGACACUUGCAGUAGCACCACGCUAAACGAGGAACAUAGUCAUAGUGACAAGCACCCGGUGACAUGGCAACCAUCCAAAGAUGGAGAGCGCCUAAUAGGGCGGGUAGUGCUAAACAAGCGGAUGAAAGAUGGCACGGUGCCCAGAGACACAGGGGCAUUGCUGGGCCUCAAGGUGGUGGGAGGGAAGAUGACGGAGUCUGGCAGACUUUGUGCUUUCAUCACAAAAGUGAAGCGUGGAAGUCUAGCAGACACUGUUGGUCAUCUCCGACCAGGUGAUCAGGUUCUGGAGUGGAACGGGAGAGUUUUGCAAGGAGCCACAUUUAAAGAAGUUUACAAUAUCAUUCUAGAAUCCAAGCCGGAGCCCCAGGUGGAGCUGGUGGUCUCACGGCCCAUUGGAGAUGUCCCUAGAAUACCAGAGAGCACACAUGGACAACUUGAAUCAAGUUCAAGUUCCUUUGAAUCCCAAAAAAUGGGCCCAUCCAUCUCAGUCACAUCGCCCAUGAGUCCCGGCAUGCUCCGGGACACUUCUCAGUAUCUGUCUGGACAGCUCUCAAGUCCAUGCCUUAGUAGAAGAACCACGGCUUUUGUCCCUAGGGUCCAGGUCAAGCUGUGGUACGAUAAAGUAGGACAUCAACUCAUCGUCACUAUCCUGGGCGCCAAAGACCUGCCUCCACGAGAAGACGGCCGGCCUAGGAAUCCAUACGUCAAAAUCUACUUCCUCCCCGACAGAAGUGAUAAAAGCAAAAGGAGGACGAAAACGGUGAAGAAAUCUCUGGAGCCCAAGUGGAACCAGACGUUCAUGUACUCGCCGGUGCACAGGCGAGAGUUCAGGGAACGAAUGCUGGAGGUCACACUAUGGGACCAGGCCAGAGUCCGAGAGGAGGAGAGCGAGUUCCUGGGAGAGAUUCUGAUAGAGUUGGAGACGGCGCUGUUGGAUGAUCAACCUCACUGGUAUAAGCUACAAACACACGAUGUGUCCUCUAUGCCUCUGCCGAACCCCUCACCGUACAUGCAGAGACGCCUCCUACACGGAGAGAGUCCAACACGCAGGUUACAGAACAAGGGCCCGUAUUUUUUCAACUCAGGGUCACAGAGAAUCAGUGACAGCGAGUUCUCUGAUUACGACUGUGAAGAUGGGAUUGGUGUGAUCUCAGAUUACCGGCACAAUGGCAGGGAUUUCCAGAGCUCCACACUGUCUGUACCGGAGCAGGUGAUGUCGUCCAAUCACUGUUCACGAUCAGACAUGAUCCGCACACGCUCACGCUCACCCAGCGUUCCUCCGCCGCAGAGUCGAAGUUUAGACCAUGGUGUGAGAGGAGGACCAUCACAUUAUGGCCCCCAACAUCGCAUGUCUGAAGACAGAUACUCACCAGACAGUAUGUACCCGCUCUUUCGGGAAGACGCGGUCAAGUUACUGCGCUCCACUAGGAUGGCCCGUGCUUACUCAGAUGGGGCUUACAAUAGCUUGGACAGGAGGAUGAGAAGAGAUAGACAAAUGUCUACCUACAGUGACUCAUAUGAAUCGCCUGAGAGAUAUUACAAUGGGCCCAAUCAUGUAUCUACUCCAUGGCCCAAUCAUGUCAUGAAUGGAACCGGUGGAGACUACAGGUACAGCCGCAGCAUGGUGGUCAGACAUGACCAUUACAGGUCCAGGUCAGCCGACCAGCGGCCCAUGAUGGAGCGACCAGUCUACACGCGCUCGCGCUCAUCAGAGCGUCCCGACUCCGGAUACAUGAGAUCCAUGCCAUCCUUACCAUCAGGGAGAUCCGCACCUCCCUCUCCUGCCUUAACGAGGGCAAACCCACGCACUGGAUCAGUCCAAACAAGUCCCACCAGCACGCCAAUGUCCAGUCGAAGAGGUCGGCAGCUACCGCAGGUCCCACCAAAGGGCUCUAUGGACAGAAGCACUUUGAAGGAUCCAUCAAAGCGUGGGAUGGACAGCCUCUCCAUGAGGUCAUCGGACAGUGAUGUAAGCGACGUGUCCGCUAUGUCGAGUGCGUCUCGUCUUAGCAGCACGAGCUACAUGUCUGUCCAAUCUGAAAGAGUGCGAGCGAGCCGCAAGAUCAGUGAGUUUACAUCUAAAAUGAAACACAGGGCUCAGACGGCGACCCCCGGUUCCAACAUUACCAAGAGCUCCAGUGUGGGUGGAGACAUGUGUUCGCUGGGCAGGAACGACGACGAUGACGAUGACAAGAAGAGGCGCUCCAGCUUUGGAGCCAAGAUGGCUGCCAUGGUGGGACUGGGGAAGAAGAGUCAAAGUACCUCUCAGCUCGACCCAGAGGAGGAGGGUAAGAAGAAGAAGCCGGUGCGUCUGGCGAUCCAGCGAAGCGUGGAGACAGGUCUAGCUAUCGAGAUGAAGAGCAGGAUGACACGGCAGCCCAGCAGAGAGACCACAGAUGAUGGUGACAAGCCAAAACCUGGAAAUCUGAUUUUCCCUGGGGUGAAGAUCUCAAAGGACAGCCAGUUCACAGAGUUUCUGGAUGGCCUUGGCCCCGCCCAGCUGGCAGGAAGACAAACAUUAGCCACGCCUCCAAUGGGGGACAUUCAGAUUGGUAUGGUGCACAGGAAAGAAAGGCUGGAUGUUGAAGUUAUUCGAGCUCGAGGUCUGGUGGGCAAACCAGGGAACAAACAGACUCCAGCACCUUAUGUAAAAGUGUAUCUGCUGGAUAAUGGGAAGUGCAUCAACAAAAAGAAAACACGGACAGCCAGAAAAACACUGGAUCCUCUUUAUCAACAGCAGCUUCAGUUUGAGGAGAGUCCUGAAGGGAAGGUUUUACAGAUCAUUGUUUGGGGAGACUAUGGACGCAUGGACCACAAAUCCUUCAUGGGAGCCGCCCAGAUCCUAUUAGACGAUUUAGAGCUGACCAACAUGGUGAUUGGCUGGUACAAGCUCUUCCCUCCCACCUCAUUGGUGGACCCAACCUUGGCACCUUUAAGUAGUAAACCUCCAGAAUCAGGUCUGGAGAGUUCCAACGUUCGGUCGUAGCGUUCGGCACGAGGAGGUGAGCGGUAGAGAGCGGCAUGAGUCGGAAACCGUCCCGACGGGUCAGGUCCUGGUUACACUGCAUGCUUGAUGUUGUGUCCUCUGAGCCCGUGCGACAAGAGGCUGAGAAAAGGCCUGCGUCCUUCUGCCAAAAAAAAAAAAAACCACGAAAAAGAAAAGCAAACGUAUGCUGCUGUCACACGCAAGGGAAAGAACGCCACAGGAAGUCUCUCCGUUCAGCUGAAGAGAUGCAGCCAGGGAUUCGGUGGAGUCUCGAUUCUUAACCGUAGGAAGUUAAGAGUCCACCAGAAACGGAAGACGCCGUUUUUCUCUGGCUGUUUGCUCUCUGUUGUAUUCCAAGAGAUGUCAGUGUUUCUUACUAAAAACGUUGUAGCCAUUACUGUAAGCCAAGCUGUCAGGAGAAAAAAAAGAAGAGAGGAGCGCUUGGCUGGGAUGGGACAAGAAAGGAGUGACGUCCUCAGGGGAAUGACCCUCCAUCAAGCCUGAUCUCCAUCGGACCGGUCUUUAAAGUUCACGCCAUGGCCAGAGUUCCUGUUCGAUUCAGGAAACAACACAAUUCUGGAAAGAAAAAGAAAAAAUAAAGAAAUAAUGGACCUUUUUGUGCUCCGGUAUGAUGUUUUCUUUGUUGAUGUACUGUAUGAAAUGAUGAGAAUUGUUUUUUUUUUCUUUCUUUUUUUUCUUUGCAUGUAUGCAAAGUUGUUUUGAAAAAAAAAAACUAAAAGUUAUUUUCCUCGACUUGCAAAAAAAAUUACAAUUAAAAAGAAAGAGGAAGAAACUUAUUUAAGGAUGAGCAGAUCAGCCAUUUUCAACAGUUUGUAUUAUUUUUAAUAUGAGAUUCUCUAGUGCAUGAUUUUCAAAGAGACUGAAUGCAAAACGAUAACGAUGUGAUUGUCAUCCUUUAGAUUAUUCUUCUGUAUUUUUACAGAUCUCGGUUACAGGUUUGGCCUGGUGUGAGACAUUGCGUCUCAUAUUAUUAUCAUUAUAAAAAAAAGAAAAGCAAGAGAUGGUUGAGAAAACAAUAACUGUAUUUCGAUUCAAAAUGCAACAUAUGGAAACAUGGAAAUUGUACAUUUCUCCCUACAAAUGCAGCCAUAAUCGUGUUGAUGAGCUGUAGAUUUGGGUCCGUCAUGAUUCCACUGUGUUCCGUUCCACCAGAAUGGCUCAUUCAUUCAAAGCAAGCAUGUUGAAAAGGGUCUGCAACAUGGAUCGAGCACACCGUCUGAGUAAUACAGCAUGUUUUGAUAGAGACAUCUGGGAGUUUUUCGCUGUUUUGUGUACAGUGCAUGUGGACCACGCGUCCUCCCCCCCUGAUCUACUGUCGUCCACAGAUUCAGGACGGGGUAAAAGGUUUGCGGCUGACGGUUCAGACAUUCAACGCAACAUUCCACCUCUCGGCACUCAUCUUUUCUUGAAGUUUUGAAAAGAAAAAAAGGAAAAGAAAAUCAAACAGACAAAAGUAAACUAAAGAGGAAAAAAAAAGUAUGAAAAUUUAUAUUUAUUCAAGGUUGACUUGGGGGGAAAAUGGUUGCAAGUAUAUUUAUUUUAUUAUUGUUAUAAAGAAAAUGUUAUAAAAAUGGAUCCCAUUGGAUGGUGCUGUACAAAGUCUCUGAACUCAGAGUGGACUGAACAAUGUUCUUAUUUGUUGUGUUUUUGAACACAGAAGACACUUGUUGUCGGAUAAGAGAGCGAGUCAGUUCGUGUUCGUGGAGAUGGGAAAAUUGCCACACAAUAUGAAUUUUUAAUUGUUUCUUGU